UUCACUCAACAGGCACACAUCGGUCUAGAUCUACAAACCCCGAGUUGGACAAGGAACAACCCAAGAAUGCAGUGUGUGUACGUGCUGUUGACCCUCGCCCUCUGCGGCACUGGCCUCUGUAACCUUAUUGAGCAGCAGACUGACUUUGGACUGCGGGUGUUCUCCGAGGCAGCCCGGUCCUCCCCUGACAAGAACCUGGCUCUGUCUCCCUAUGGCAUUUCCUCUGUUCUGGGCAUGAUCCAACUAGGAGCUUAUGGCAACACACUCAAGACAUUAGUUAGCCACAUGGGCUACUCUCUGCAAGAGCGUGGCGCACCCCGUCAACAGCGGCUGCUCCAGCGGGAUCUGGCCAGUGAGGAGUUUGUGGAGCUGGCCAGUGGAGUUAUGGUGGACAGGAAGCUCUUGUUGGAGAAGAACUUCCGCCGAGGGCUGUCCAAGGCCUUCCAAGCCAUGCCACAUCAGCUGGACUUCAGCCAGCCCGAAAAGGCCAAGAACAUUAUCAACAGAUGGGUGUCUGACCACACUGCAGGUAUGAUUCCUCAGUUCCUUCCCAGUGGCGCUUUUGGUGACAUGACAAGACUGGUUCUGCUCAAUGCCAUGCACUUUCAUGGGCUCUGGAAGGUGCCAUUUGACCCCAAGAUGACUCAACCAAUGUUGUUCCAUGGAGCCAAUGGCACAGUGUCAGUACCAAUGAUGAUGAUGACACAGAAAUUUAACUAUGGUGACUUUGUAACACCAGAGGGAGUAGACUAUGAUGUGAUUGAAGUUCCUUAUGAGAGAGAUGCUCUGAGCAUGCUUCUGGUGUCUCCAUUUGAGCGUGACGUACCUCUGUCUGCCCUGACUGGGGAGCUGCGCAGCCACAGGCUCAAAGAAUGGAAGCAGGAGAUGAGGAAGCUCAACAGACAACUGGCCAUGCCCAGGUUUGCUAUUGAUUCAGAGAUGAACCUAAAAUCCACCCUUUGCCAGUUGGGCUUAGGAGACAUCUUCAGCCAAACCAAAGCUGACUUCUCCCGCAUCACCACUGACGAGCCACUGUGUAUAUCCAAGGUGCUUCAGAAAGUGAAGCUGGAGGUGAAUGAGGAGGGAACCAAAGGUUCCUCUGCCACAGCUGCUAUAGUCUUUUCACGGAUGGCAGUAGAGGAGAUCACUCUGGACCGUCCUUUCCUCUUUCUCAUUCAACACAAGCCCACUGGUGCUGUAUUAUUCAUGGGCCAAGUGAACCAGCCCCAGGACCACUAGAUGGACCAAGAACCAAGCACACAUUCUACUCAUUGGCAGAGAUAUCUUCCAAUCAUCUUACUACUGAGAUUUUAUCCAUAAUCCUGACCAAUCCAAGGGGACCCUUUACAUUUUGAAAUAACGGAUGUUUAACUAGGCCUAGGCAAAAAUAGGUUUCAGUUCAGUCACUGUAAUGUCGGCUAAUAGGUCAUCAUUAAUGAAUGAAAAAAAAGCUUACUUUUUUAUCACUUUAUAGUGGUAUAGGCUAUUUAAGGUCUUUUUCUUGUUAACAAAGUUGACAGUUUAAAGUUUUGUGAUUACAUACAAAAUGAAUCCACAACACAAUGUAAUAUUAGGCUGUUUCAGAACAUCUACCCUAUGCAAGCCUUAGUAGCCUAAUAUAUAAAAUGGGUUUGAAACACCCAAGAAAUGUGGAAAUGAGACAGAAUUACUUUGAAGAUGUAUGUAUUUGAUGUUUAUUUUAAUUAUGCUUUUUAUAAAGUGUAUAAAAUGUAUUUGUGCAAAUUGUAUUUUUCAUGCUAUUUAUAAUAAAUAUUUAUUUUUG